AGUUUAUCAGAUACAGCACAACAUCUCUGGAGGACACUGAAAUUUAGAAAAGCUAAUAGCUUACUUCCUACUUUUCAGACAGUUUCCCAAAAAACACAUCUAUGAUGGAGCAGCGUCUGUUCAUACUCCUGUUUUUCACAGCAGUUGUCUCUCUCGUCCUAUCUGUCCCUCGUAAGUAUUAUCUGAUCCAGCAGGGAAAAACAUGGAGUAAUGCUAAGGCUUACUGUCGAGCCACACACAAGGACCUGGCCAUCAUAACAAGUAAUGAGGAACUGGUUCGACUGCAGAAUGAAGCACAGAGAUACCGGUUCAGUGCCAAUGCUUGGAUUGGACUGUACAAUAACUACAACAACUGGAUCUGGUCCAUUGGAAGUGAGCCACUUGGAAGUUUGAGGCUAUGGAUUUCAGGCGAGCCCAACAACUAUGGUGGAAGUGAAGCUUGUGGUUCAAUAACUCCAACUGGUUGGAAUGAUAUGCCUUGUGGAUUUGCAUUGCCGUCUGUGUGCUUUGAUGCCAGUAAAACAGGAAAUAAUAGUUACAUUUACAUCUCUACUACAAUGUCAUGGGCUGGAGCUCAGGCAUACUGCAGACAGCAUUAUACAGAUCUGGUCAGUAUUAAAGAUCCAACAGAAAACUCAGUUAUAGCGGCAAUGGUCUCUGGGUACACCUGGUUUGGUCUGUACAGAGAUGGCUGGAGGUGGACAGAUCAAACCAUCUUCUCUACCGUCAGCUGGUUGUCUGGACAACCUGAUAAUGCCCUGUGGAAUGCAGGCUGUGGAUUUUUAAGUAACAGUCGGGCUGCCGUUGCACAGUGCUCAACCAUAAUGCCUUUCUUCUGUUUCUCAUUUAUCACAGAAAAACAACAAAUAGUAAAGGUGAAGGUACAGUCCAAUCAGGAUGUGAAUGAUCCUCAAAUAAAGGUGGCCAUCUUGGAGAAGAUCAAGCAGAAAGUUAAGGACCAUGGAAUGACAGAGAACAUCACAGUAAAAUGGAGAGAGGAAUCAGAUGGUACGGUGUUUCACAAGGAGAAAGAAGAGCUCUAAAUCUUGUAUCUGAAUCUCAAAUCGUAGUGCAAUUUUUCAUUUAUUGUCUAGGAUUUUUCUUUAGACUAAAUGUACUAAAUCAAGAGCUACUUCUUCAGUUUUGCAUAUACACUAUUGUUGUAGCUAAGAUGUAAUGAAAGUCUCAAUCAUGAUUGUACACAUUAUUUAUAUACUCACUUCAAAUUACAUAGAGAACAACUUACACUUGUAUGGCACUUGUAUAGAUGUUAUAAUUGUUUUCCUCAUUAUAACCAUUAAAUAACUAUUCUAUUGGGGAUGAAGUAGAACCUGCAGAUUAUGUGAUGUAAGAACAGUGUAGAUUUUCCCCUUCUAUCUUUCCUGUUUCCAUUUGAGUGAUGUCCAUGUGUAAUAAUGUGAAAUGAAACAGGGAAAAAGUAUUGAACACACUUAAUGAAAUUUCAUUUAACAUUUUUUACAAAAGCCUUUGUCAGUAAAGAUGCCUACCGUAUGGAGAAACUAGUUGCAUGCAUUGCUCAGGUGUGAUUUUGGCCCAUUCUUCCACACAAACAGUCUUCAAAUCUUGGCCUCUUCUGUGAACUCUGACCUUUAGUUCUUUCCAUAGAUUUUCAGUUGGAUUCAAGUCAGGUGAUUGACUAGGCCAUUCUAGCAGCUUUAAUUUCUUUCUCUGAAACCAGUCGAGAGUUUCCUUGCCUGUGUGUUUGGGAUCAUUGUCUUGCUGAAAUGUCCACCCUUGUUUCAUCUUUAUCAUCCUAGCAGAUGGCAGAUUUUCAUCAAGAAUCUCUCGGUACAUUUUGCCAGUACUGUAUGCUGAAAAACAGCCCCAUACCAUAUUGUUCCCACCUCCAAACUUCACUCUUGGUGUUUUUGGGGUGAUGUCACGGCUCAAUCAAGUUCUGAACACAGGAGGGAGCACUCUCCUGAGUUUUGAGCACACUUCUGGCAGGCCGACCGGAUAUAUCAGCAGAGCGUUCAUUGUGUUAAUUGCGAAGUAUUGUUCCUAGUUGACGUACCAAGCCUUAGCCUCAUGCAAAUAUUGUGUUGGAUUACUGUGUUUUUGACCUUUUUCCUAAUCUUUCUCGUUUUGCCUUUUUUCUAGCGUUUAUUGGACUUGUUUGCUGAUUUCUAGUUUUC